AUGGCGGCCCAGAAGCGCGCCCCGCCGGGCGGGCUCGGCGACGUGCACGUCAAGAGCCCACGCAUGCGUGGCGCGGCGCUGGCAGUGGUGCUCGCAUCGGCGGCGCUCAUGCUGUACAUGCUGGUGCUGCUGGGACGGCCGUUGUACUGGCGGCUGUACGCUGACGUGAUCCACCGCUAUGAGAGCGACGCGGCUCAGCAGCUCAUUGUUGAGCUGCAAAAGACAGGUUUGCACCAGCAGCAGCAGCAGCGCCAGAAGCACCACUCACCUCAGCAGCAGCAGCAGCAGCAGCAGCGGCCCGUGGGCAGCGCCGCCCCAGGCGCAACCGCAGCUCCAAUCAGCAGCAUCGGCACGGCCCCGAGCGCAGUAGCGCCGCCGCGCCCCGGCCCUGCGCUGACGGCGCAGGAGAUCGAGGCUCAGCGCGCCAAGGCACGCGAGAAGCAGUGGGAGGACGAGUGGUGGGGCCAGUACCAGAAGGCGGAGACUGCACGCAAGGCGCGGCAGGAGAAGGAGACGAAGGAGCGGGAGGCGAUGCUGGUCAAGAAGUUCAACCACACACUAUCAAGGGAGCUGGUCCAGUCUCUGGCUGAGGACGGCUACCUGGUGGUCACAUGGGCCAACCACCACUACACGGACUUCGCCCUCACAUGGGUCUACCACGUGCAGCAGGUUGGCAUCAAGGGCUACAUGGUUGGGGCCAUGGACGAGGCCAUCCUCAUAACACUGGCAAAGAGGAAGAUCCCCACCUUCAGCAUGGCGGCAGGGCUGACGACCGGCGACUUUGGCUGGGGCAGCAAGACGUUUGCCAAGAUGGGGCGCAAGAAGAUCAACCUUAUUGCGCAGUUCCUGGAGCUCGGCGUCAACGUGGUGAUAUCGGACGUGGACGUGCUGUGGCUGCGCAACCCCCUGCCCUUCUUCCAGCGCUUCCCCGGCGCCGACAUCCUCACGUCCACUGACCACCUGUCCAGCACGGUGGGCGCGGCCGAGGAGCUGGAGCGGUACCCAGAGGCCGGCAGCGCCUUCAACAUCGGCAUCAUGCUGUUCAGGCAGAGGAGCGCAAAAUUCGUGGAGCAGUGGAUCGAGGUGAUCGAGGCCGACGACACCAUCUGGGACCAGAACGCCUUCAACGACCUCAUACGCGCCGGCCAGGUCAUCCAGGAGGACGACCCCCACCACUACUUCAGGGGUGACAACAACUCACUCACGGUGGGUGUCCUGCCCGUGGCGUUCUUCUGCAGCGGCCACGUGUACUUCACGCAGGCCAUGUACCGCACCCUGGGCAUCAAGCCCUACGCGGUGCACGCCACGUUCCAGUUCAGCGGCACGCCGGGGAAGCGCCACCGCUUCCGGGAGGCGGGCCUCUGGCUGGAGGACUACACCUACUACCACCACCCGGGCACCCAUGGGAUUGUGUACCCCAAAAUUACACCCCUUCUCUGA